AUGACCUAUGACUUCCACGGAUCCUGGGACAAGAAGACAGGACACAACAGUCCUCUGUACGCCCACCCUGGCGAUACUGGAAUACAGGCUAAUUACAACAUUGACUCUGCUAUCAAAUACUACAUUCAACACGGAGCUCCUAAAGAGAAAAUAAACGUUGGCUUAGCCACCUAUGGUCGUAAUUUUAUCCUGGCUGACCCCAGCCAAAGUGAUGUUAACGACCCCAUCAACGGGGCUGGCCUUCCAGGAAGAUACAGCGGAGAGGCGGGGUUCAAAGCUUAUUACGAGGUGAGUCUAUCCUGUUGACUGAUUCGGCUGUGU